AUGCAAACAGUCCUCGGCCGAGGACUUCGGCACUGCUGCUUAUAUUUCACCUUCCAUGCGUUCAACUUUAUACCUGUAUCAGACUCCAACUUUACGAAUUUGCUGUUUUCCGUUACUCAACACCGCUCCUUGACGAAACACUUAUACGUUCACGAAACUCGAGUCAACGACAUGUAUUUCCCGUUCAUGACAUCGAGGUCCUCUAGAUUGAGGAAACGAGAAUUAUCACCACGAGCAGGUGGAGGUGGAGGUGGUAGGGGGGGAGGGGGAGGGGGAGGGGGAAGAAGCGGGGGUUCUAGCGGAAGCUCUGGAGGUAGUUCUGGAGGGGGAAGAAGCGGGGGCUCUAGUGGAAGCUCUGGAGGUAGUUCUGGAGGGGGAAGAAGUGGGGGCUCUAGUGGAAGCUCUGGAGGUAGUUCUGGAGGGGGAAUAAGCGGGGGCUCUAGUGGAAGCUCUGGAGGUAGUUCUGGAGGGGGAAGAAGUGGGGGUUCUAGCGGAAGCUCUGGAGGUGGUUCUGGAGGUGGAAGAUCCUCACCAAUCUCGACUGGAGGUACUCCUCGAUCGGCAACCCCUUUUGGUGCAGGUGGAGGUCCUGUUACGAAGAUUCCCUCAGGUCAACUGUUUUCUGGACGUGACGUUGGUGGUGGAACGCGGAGUCAAGUCUAUGGAACGAGCCAGUAUGGGAGCGGUUAUCCUGGCAUAGCAGGCCGUGGCGUCGCUAAUCGAGGGUUCCCAUUUUUCUUCUGGCCGCUCGCCUGGGGAGGUCUAGGUGUAGGCGGAGCUGCGUACUUGCACAAUAAUGAGUACGGCAGUCCGGACAAUUCGAGUCGUCCAGGAGGUCGCAUGAUGACCGCUACGUUUGCCUCUUCCACCUCCAACACUACAUUCCACCUGGUUGCAGAUGAUGAGACUGUGGUAGACCUUAUUGAAGAUGUUAGGAACGGAUGUUCCUCGCGAAACCUUGCCGCAGACAAGUCUUCGACGAGCCCAAGUUCAUACAACGACACAGAUCCGAGUUCACCAAAGCCCGAGAGUGCAAUCCAGUACUACCGCGCGAGCAGCGUCGCUCUGACGUUGGAUGGAUACAAUAAUUCUGCUGCGUUGUCGGGGACUGAAGGGCAACCGGACACUCCCCUUCCCUCGAACAUCGAUACCACGCUCAAAGAUUGUCUGAACCAGACAAUUGGAGAUGCUGUGCCAUUAAUUGGGGGGGCCGAUGUACGGUGGGCAGCUCCGAACAUUGGCAUGCUCGCAUUGAUUUGGGUAUUCCUUCAUCUGACCACGACUGUCUAG